AUGUAUUGUGUUUUGUGUUUGUCUUCGGAUGGGAUCAGAGAAGUGAUAGAAUUGGCCAAAGAGUUGGAUGGAGUGAUAUCGGGGGCCAAAACACUGAGACAUGUGUUCACUGAGAGUGUCAUUAAGACCAGAGACCGGAUGAAGGAGUUGUGCGAAGACAUCCUCUACUCGUCUCCCAUUGAAUUCGGACGAAAAGCCGAAGACUUUCUGUGGAAACGAUGUUUUCACGACUUAAUGCUGUUUUACAAACGAAAUAAAAAGAGGAUGUCUUUAUCGGAGAUAUCGUUACUGCACAUCCAUUUGACGGCAGGACUGGGACUCUACUAUAGCCUUCUGUUAGGCCUUUCAAAGCAGUACUCGAUUGGCAUUCAAAACCUAAUGCCAUACAUAUGUGUUGAGCAAAGCAUUGAAGAAUUUAGCCGCGAAACACAGCCAAACAGCCAUGAAUUGAAUGGUUGGGCCAGAAAUGCAAUCCAUAGAAUCCUGAUAUGUAUGGGAGACUUAGCCCGUUAUCUCUACGAUCUGGAAGUGAUGGGCUAUCGAGAGCUGGCCAUCAGGUUCUAUGAUUUGGCUCUCAUUUGGGAUUUAGACAUCGGAAUGCCUUUCAAUCAAUUGGGAACUCUUUCCGAGUCUAACAAUUAUGGAUUGGAUUCUGUUUACUAUUACAUGCGAUGGUAUUCUGACGUGUGAUAAGCCCUUUGAAGGCGCGGAAAAUAAUUUGAGACGAGUUUUUGAAUGCAAUGAAAAACGUUUUAACGAAUUAAGAGAGAGACCAUCGGCUGACGAGAG